UAUGGAUUGAUUGGCAGGAACUGUCUACAAUGGAAACAGAUAAAGUUUUCUGCACUGGUUAUAUUAUCAUCAUAAUAUUUCUUCAGGUUGAAGUACUUUGCUUGGCUUUGGCAGAGACCACCGAUCUAUCCAUGGAUGACAAUGUGGGCACUCAAGAGAUGACCAGCUUACUGUCGGCCUGCAGGCUGCAGCCAUUAGCUCAUGAUCAUCACAUCGGUUGCCGAGCAUUGGCCUCCGCUCUUGAAUACCCAGAACAGAAGAACAGGGCACACGCAUCGAGGCAGGGCCCCCGGCAAAAUCUACAUGGGGGCGCGUGUGUGAACGUGACGUAAACCGUCAAAGGGAAGGAGGAGGCUGCCAUGAGCGAAAAAAAGUACGGGAAUCGAGUACCAACCUUGGGCCCCUCACUCUUUCCAACGGGAGCUGACUAGACACGGCCAAGUUGGCCCCACAAAGCAACCAAUGGCAUCUCUUCAUCUCUGGAGCUACAGCAAUUCACUUUAUCAGCAGCCAAAGACAAGAAGAGAAGAUUGGGAUAUUUCUCUAUUCACCGCUAAAGCUAAACUGACAGGAGACAACAGAAAGCAAAAGCAAAUUAACAGGAGAGAGACAGGGAGAGUUGAGCUUAGUAUAGUAUUAGUAGUAGCUUCUUGUGAAAGGUGGGAAGAAUCCAAACAUACAUAUAAAAUACUCCCAUAAAAUCUGCUAUAAAACCACGCUCCCUCCUCCUGCCCCUUUCCCUCCCUCUCUUCUUCUUCUCUCAUGUGCCAUUAGCCAAUAGCACCAAGGUUUUUGUACAUUGUAGCUCAUUAAUUCAUUCAUAUAGCUAUUCAAACAAGUUUGGUGGCUGUCCACAUUUUAGCUUUGGAUAGCCUUGCCUGCCUGCCUAGCUAUAAUCAUCUCUUGCUGACUUGCUGUGGGAGUUUUGAGAGGAAGGCCAGAGGAAGCAUAUGGCGCCUGUGAGUUUGCCUCCAGGUUUCAGGUUCCACCCAACAGAUGAGGAGCUAAUCAUCUACUACCUUAAGCGGAAGAUCAAUGGGAGACAGAUAGAGCUCGAAAUCAUUCCAGAAGUUGAUCUUUACAAGUGCGAGCCUUGGGAUCUUCCAGAAAAAUCAUUUCUUCCAAGUAAAGAUCUCGAAUGGUACUUCUUCAGCCCUAGAGACCGCAAGUACCCAAAUGGAUCAAGAACAAACCGUGCAACAAAAGCCGGAUACUGGAAGGCAACUGGAAAAGAUCGAAAAGUGAACUCGCAGAGGCGUGCAGUUGGUAUGAAGAAGACUCUUGUGUAUUACCGUGGUCGAGCCCCACAUGGUUCUCGCACCGACUGGGUCAUGCACGAGUACCGCCUCGAUGAGAGGGAAUGUGAGACUGACACUGGCUUACAGGAUGCAUACGCUUUGUGCCGGGUAUUCAAGAAGACAGCGCCCGGGCCGAAGAUCAUAGAGCAUUAUGGUGUGGUGCACCACCAUGCCGAGCAACCUCAAUGGAUGACGAGCAAUGUCGACCGCUCCCCAACACUGGAAGUGUCGUUUGAUGGAAGAGGUGAUGACUUUGAGAGCAGCGGCUUCUCUUUCCCGACAGAGACGCCAAUGGACUCCAUGCACGGUGGGUUCGGGAUGCAGAUGAGUGCACCUCACGAGGAUGGAAAAUGGAUGCAGUUUCUGAGUGAAGACGCCUUUAACGCCACCAAUCCAUUCAUGACGAACCCAGUUGCAGCCAACUUUUCAUGCCUUCCAUCCAAGGUGGAUGUUGCACUGGAAUGUGCCAGGCUGCAGCACAGGCUCACCUUGCCUCCCUUGGAGGUGGAGGACUUCCCACAGGACGUCAGCCUUGACACGAAGACGGGCAUCCUCCGCAGUAACCCCAACGAAGUUGACAUUCUUCAAGAAUUCCUGUCAGUUGCGACAGCCUCUCAGGAGCUAAUUAAUGGCUCCAGUAGCUACCCUGAUAUGUGGUUAGGAGCUAGCACAAGCAGUGCUAGCUACAUCAACGAAUUGUCCUCUCUAGUUGAGAUGGGCGGCAUUGGCACUUCUAACCACAGCGAAUCCGCGAGGCUACAGGUCGAGAUCACUGACAUGGAAGUGUUCAAGGACGAGAAGAAGAGGGUGGAGAACCUUAGAGGAAUUAAGCUGGUGAACAAUGACCUUGGGGAGAUCGUUGUAGAAGGAGAUGAAAACAAUCUAACACAAGCCAUCGUUGCACAGUAUCCUAUAAAAGACACUGCUGACAAUUCAGGAGAAGCCGGUCAUCGCAUGACCGAUCCCACUGACGUAGGCGGCAUCGACACUGCCCCCAUCUUCUCGCAAUCUCAACCUGAUGACUUUGCUACUGGUUUCGAGGACGUCAACCCUGAUGCAACCUUCGAUCUGUACGAGAAGGUUGACGUCAACCAUGGCCUAUUCGUUUCAAGGGUCGGUGCGGCAAAGACAUUCUUCCACCGCAUCGAGCCAUCGAAGAAGGUCAGCUUCCACUCGAACCCAGCAGCAAGUGCCGUCAGCAAGGCGACCGAGAAGUUCCAUUUCCCCAUUCUUACGACCAAAGUUAGUGGUAGGGUUUCCAUUUUUAGCAAGUUCAAGGCACUCAUAAGGGACAAGUUGUUCUUGAUGAGGCCGUCAUCCUCAUACCAAAGGUUGGGCAGCAGCAAAGAAACAACAGUGAGUGAGCUGCUGCAGAUUGUGUCACUCCUUUUAGCACCAAAGCAAGUCACAGGCCCUACUGAGCAAGAGCUGGUCAAGAAGAAGGCAAAGGAAGUGAUGAAGCCAGGAUGGGGUCGUGAUGGAAGCAACAAAUUGUGGCUUCCGCUCUCCAAAGGGAAGGGCAUUUCCAGCAUGUUUUUGAGUGGGAAAUGGACGUUUCUAACCUCCGCGUUGGCCAUCCGCACUCCAGCCGAGUGCGAUCACUAAAAGGUCUUAUUCCAUGACUGUUAUAUAAUCUGCUAUAACCUCAGUAGCUAGCUAGCUAGUGCAUGAAGAGAAGGUUAACAUUAAUUAACUGCCUUCGUGUCACAAUAUUAACUGGUGUAUAACUGGAGAAUGUAUGUCAUUAAUAUUGUUUGUACGUCAUCCCUGCUAAAUCUAACCCUGGUGUAUCAUAAUUGUUUGAAA